CGUUUCCUUAAGAAACAAGUGGCCGUUUCUUGCCAAGCAGGAAAUGUUGGAUGUUGUAGCCGUGUUAUUUCUGCAACAUAACCUCCUGAACCAUGUCUGAGCCUUCCUUGUUCCUUGUUUGCUCUUUCCCAGGCGCACAGGCAUUUGGAAGAUGCUCGUGGUGGCCGUGUGCUUGGCCCUUCUGGGCUGCCUGCAGGCACAGGAAUUCAGGGGACAUGUUUCCAUAAUCCUACUAGGAGCAACUGGGGACCUAGCUAAAAAGUACCUGUGGCAGGGGCUGUUUCAGCUAUACCUGGAUGAGGCUGGGAAGGGCCACAGUUUCAGCUUCCACGGGGCCGCCCUGACAGCCCCCCAGCAAGGCCAGAAGCUCAUGGAUAAGGCUUUGGAAUCCCUCUCCUGCCCCAAGGACCUGGUACCCAGUCGCUGCGAUGAACUCAAGGCUCAGUUUCUGCAGCUGAGCCAGUACCGCCAACUGAAGACAGUGGAGGACUAUCAGACUCUCAACAAGGACAUCGAGACCCAGGUCCAGCAGGAUGGGCUGUGGGAGGCCGGCAGGGUCUUCUACUUCUCCGUGCCGCCCUUCGCCUACGCCGACAUUGCCCGUAACAUCAACAGCAGCUGCCGACCACACCCAGGCGCCUGGCUACGGGUUGUUUUUGAAAAACCCUUCGGCCAUGACCACCUCUCAGCCCAGCAGCUGGCUUCAGAACUUGGAAGCUUUUUCCAGGAAGAGGAGAUGUACCGUGUAGAUCAUUACCUGGGCAAGCAGGCGGUGGCUCAGAUCCUGCCCUUCCGAGAUCAGAACCGCAAGGCCUUGGAUGGCCUCUGGAACAGGCACCACGUGGAGCGGGUGGAAAUCAUCUUGAAGGAGACCGUGGAUGCAGGAGGUCGGGCCAGUUUCUACGAGGAGUAUGGCGUCAUCCGCGACACGCUGCAGAACCACCUGACUGAGAUCCUCACGCUGGUGGCCAUGGAACUGCCCCAUAACAUCAGCAGCUCGGCCGCCGUGCUCCAGCACAAGCUCCAGGCCUUCCAGGCCCUGCGGGGGCUGCAGAAGAGCAACGCCAUCCUGGGCCAGUACCAGGCCUACAGUGGGCAGGUGCGCCAAGAGCUGCAGAAGCCAGACGGCUUCCAGAGCCUGACGCCAACCUUCGCAGGUGUCCUUGUCCACAUCGACAACCUGCGCUGGGAGGGCGUCCCUUUCAUCCUGAUGUCGGGCAAGGCCUUGGACGAGAGAGUGGGCUAUGUUCGGAUCUUGUUUAAGAAUCGGGCGUACUGCACCCAGGGCGAGAGACACUGGGUGCCGGAGCGGAGCCGGUGCCUGCCCCAGCAGAUUGUCUUCUACAUUGGACACGGUGAGCUGGGCCACCCUGCCAUCCUGGUCAGCAAGAACCUGUUCAAGCCCUCUCUACCUGCUCAGAGCUGGAAGGAGGUGCAGGACCAGCCUGGGCUCCGCCUCUUUGGCCGCCCACUGUCUGAUUACUAUGCCUAUAGGCCCGUGCGGGAGCAAGAUGCCUACUCCACCCUCCUGUCCCACAUCUUCCACUGCCGCAAGGAGUCCUUCAUCACCACAGAGAACCUCUUGGCCUCCUGGGUCUUCUGGACCCCGUUGCUGGACAGCCUGUCCUUUGAAGUCCCACGCCUGUACCCAGGAGGAGCAGAGAACGACCAUCUGCUAGACUUCGAGUUUAGCGGGGGUCAGCUGACCUUCUCCCAGCAGCAGCUAGAGGUGCUGAUGCCAGAACUAGGGUCAGUGCCAAAGCCCAGCGACUUCCAGGUCCUUAGGGCCCAGUAUAGAAAGAGCCCACUGAUUACUGCCUGGCCGGAGGAGCUGAUCUCCAAGCUGGCCAAUGACAUCGAAGCCGCCGCAGUGCAGGCGGUAAGGCGCUUCGGCAAGUUCCACCUGGCACUGUCAGGGGGUUCGAGCCCCAUAGCGCUCUUCCAGCAGCUGGCCACGGGGCAUUACAGCUUCCCCUGGGCCCACACGCACCUCUGGCUGGUCGAUGAGCGCUGUGUCCCUCUGUCAGAUCCAGACUCCAACUUCCAGGGUCUGCAGGCCCACCUGCUGCAGCACGUCAGGGUGCCCUACUACAACAUCCACCCCAUGCCGGUGCACCUGCACCAGCGUCUCUGUGCGGAGGAGGACCAGGGGGCUCAGACCUAUGCCAGCGAGAUCUCGGCCCUGGUGGCCAACAGCAGCUUUGACCUGGUGCUGCUAGGCAUGGGCACCGAUGGGCACACGGCUUCUCUGUUCCCACAGUCACCCAGGGGGCUGGAUGGUGACCAGUUGGUGGUGCUCACGGAGAGCCCAUUCAGGCCACACCAACGCAUGAGCCUCAGCCUGCCCCUCAUCAACCGGGCCAAGAAGGUAGCCGUCCUGGUCAUGGGAAGGACAAAACGUGAGAUCACCACGCUGGUGAGCCGCGUGGGCCAUGAGCCCAAGAAGUGGCCCAUCUCGGGUGUGGUGCCUCUUUCUGGACAGCUGGUUUGGUACAUGGACUAUGAGGCCUUCCUGGGAUGACCAGAGCCAUCCUGGUCCUAGUCACUCUCAGCCACCCAGUGUGUCUUAGCUCUGCGGAGCCUGGUACCAGGGUCAGGCUCCAGAGAAGGGACGACAAAACUGUGACAGCUUCCUGGACCCACUGGUGUCUGUGUGUGGAAACAAGGUAGCGCCUAAGCCUCAAAACCCAGGCGGGAGAGAGGCUAAGGCCUCUAGGUGUCCCACACCAGUAUCUACAUCACACAGUAAGACCGGGAAAAGGCUCCAUGCUAAAGAACCAAAGAGGCCUGCCAAGACUGGCCCGGGAUCUUUGAACUGGUUUCUGUGGGAAGAGGGGCCAGCGUGGGUGGGGAGGGGGGUACAGAGACUCCUGGUGAAGGUCUUGCUCUGAGCCAGGCCGGAAGAGUAGACACAGUCCUGAGAUUGCACCGAGCUCCCUGCAUCUUCUGGUAUCCGUUCGUCCCUCUGUGCAUCUGGCUGAGGUCUGGCCCUUCUCUAGGCAGCUUCUAUGUGCUCUGGGCAGACAUUCACUGCCCUCUGUGUUCCCCUUGACCCCUCAGUCUCUCCCUCUCUACCGACACUGCCAUGUCAAAGGUCCCCCCGGAAUCUAGAGACCGGGGCUCCCUUUUCCCACCGAGAACUGUCCUGCCAUCUCUGGGCUGUCAGGCAUCUCUGGUCUGUAGGCAGGAUGGCUCUGUCUGCUUCUGGGUCGGGGGUGACUCCAGCUCACUGCCUCUUUCUAGGACUUACGUGGCCAAUUCCCAGCACCGGGGCAGGCUGCAGCUAGCUCUCCUCACACUACCUCUCGGGGGCUUCAAGCCUGGCAGCUGACCCCGCCCCUGCCAGGUUCUCCACCUUUCUUCCUCGCUAACCUGGUGCUGCUGGGGACACUAUAGGCAGCUCCUAAUGUCAGCCUCCUCCGGGGCUUCGGGAUUUUUAUUUUUCAACAGAAAGCCAACAAUACAAAGCAAGCGUCUCAGGGCACACACAGUUUUCCUUUCAGGCUCCUGCUUAGUCGUGGCCCCCUCCUCACAGUUACCUGUGUGUCAGUCACAGAGUCUCAGUGUCAUCCAGAAUUUUCCCAGAGAGGGGUUUCCCUGUGGCGAGGAGCAUCAGGAAAUCUUGUUUCUCUACUUUUAAUUGAUUGUACUUUCUCCCAGGCAGCGGAAAAACAUUCUUGCUUUCACUAGAGAUGCGUGCAGUGUGUGACCUGAGCUGGCCCUCUAUGGGAAAGGCACUCGUUAAAAUUCGGCUUACUCUGGCCUCCUGUGACCCAGACUGACAGAAAAGAGGAACGCCCUGGGGUCCUUUCCUGGCCUGCUUUGGUCAGGCUUGGACACAGGUAGCUGCAGGUGCAAUUCCACCUUUGGCCACGCGGGGGAGCCCACGUGCCACCACUCACAUUCCACCCAGGAGGCGGGUUUAGUGCCAAACGUCUUUUCUUUGGGUUUCUUUCUUGCUCUCUGCCUCUCUGGCUUCUUGGCCCAGUGCGUUUUCCUCUGUUCUUUACGGACUCAGCCUUCUGCAGUUGCAACAUCAGAGAGGAAAGGGUCUUGCAUGCCUUAGCAGAGAGGGCGCACAGGCUCUGUGUCACCAUUCUGAAUAACGGUGAGUCAUUGCCCAGCCCCAGCCUAGAAUGUCCUGUUCUUACCCAGAAGAAUGACUCGCCUCUGUCUGUGGGGAGUCUGCCCAGGGGAGGCCAGUGUGGGGAAAUACCAAAGAUCUCCUUUCCGGAAGCAAGCACUAAUAAAAUUGCAUUGGAAAGGUU